AUGGAGAAAAAACUGAGUGUGGCGAUGAUGGUGUUCCUUUUGGUGGUGAUGGCUGCCAUUGGAGGAGAAGCAAUAAACCAUUUGUGUACAUUUAAAUGUGAAAUUACCUGCCGUGAUCCGGAGUUCAAAUCCGAGUGCUUCAGACAAUGUAUGGCUGACUGCGAACAUAAACCUACAAGUACCUUUCACUCAACUAAACCAUACUCGUAA